AUGUAUUUAAAGCGCGAUGUUAUUUGCGUUCUUCCUACUGGCUAUGGAAAAUCUUUAGUGUUUCAACUGCUACCUGGUUUGAUGUUCGCCAAAGAAAAACUGCGAGAUGUUUGUCUUCGAGAUAUUGAUAUUUCUGUGGCAGCGACUAUAAUCAUCGUUGUGUCACCGCUUAAUGCGUUUAUAAGCAACCAGAUCUCCCGCCUUGGCUCAACUGGUAUAAGAGCAUCAGUACUUGGCAUUAAAGUUAACCAGGAAGAAAGCGAACAUGACCCCCUCGAAUGUGAUCUACAACAUGGCGAGGAUAAUAAACUACGAGCGGGUUUUUAUCACAUUGUAUUUGCACAUCCUGAAUCUUUUGUUUCAUGUAAAUAUGGGCGUGAAUUGCUCAAGAGCCAGACAUACCAAGACAAAAUUUGUGCUAUUGUAAUUGAUGAGGCUCACUGCAUACUGGAAUGGGGGAGAGAGUUCAGAACUGACUACAGCAAACUGGGAGUUCUGUGUGCAAUUUUUCCAGAUGUUCCUGUACUUGCAAUGACUGCAACUGCAAACAAUGAAGAUAGGAACUGUAUAAAAGAGUCACUGGGAUUGAAGGACUGCAAAAAUGUCAUUGGUAAUCCAGACAGAAAGAAUGUUUUCUACAAGAAAAUUUUCAGGCAUGGAAAUGAUAUGGAGUCUUGUGAAGGUAUCUUGCAGCCAAUUGCCAAAAAGCUAUUAAAGGAGAAGACUAAUCAUCCCAUUACAGUAAUUUACCUUCCAUUAAAGUUGUGUGGAUUUGCCUACAAACUUUUCGAACAUGUUUUGGGGAGUAGGCAAUAUUACCCAGAGGGUUCCUUGAAAAUACCUGAAAAUAGGCUAUUUGCCCAGUUUCAUGCCUCCCAAACAAAGAUUAUGAAAGAACAAAUCCUUAAUCAGGUCUGCUCUGCUGAAAGCACUGUACGUGUAAUUUUUGCAACAAUUGCUAUGGGUAUGGGGGUGGAUAUACCAUCUAUACGGCAUGUCAUCCACAUCAGUCCACCAUGCAGCAUUAAGGCAUAUUUCCAGGAGACCGGAAGAGCUGGAAGGGAUGGAAAGCAUGCACAAGCUCUGUUGUAUUACAACAACCAUGAUAGUGCGAGGAACAGAGUGGGAAUGACAGAUGAAAUAAGGCAAUUUUGCAAAAGUGAGAGUUGUUUAAGAAUUCAGAUGCUACAUGCACUUGACUUUGACAAUUCAUAUCCUAUUGAGCCAGUUCAUCUUUGCUGCAACAUGUGUGCCAAGAAAUGUUCAUGUGAAGAAUUUCACUUUAGUGCUAGCCUAGUUGGCCAAAAACUUUAA